ACACCACUUGCCGCCUCCAAACAAAAACCUGACCUCCUCCUCCUCCGCCUCUCCCCACCUCGACUCUUCCCAAUGUCGCCGCCCCUCGAGCCGCACGACUACAUCGGCCUCUCCGCUGCUGCUGCUGCGGCGGCGGCGUCCCCGACGCCGAGUUCGUCCUCCUGCUCGUCCACGCCGAAUCCGGGCGGCGGCGAGGCGGGCGGCCCCCGUCUCACGCUCCGCCUCGGCCUGCCUGGGUCGGAGUCCCCCGAGCGCGACGUCGUCGCCCCGGGGCUCACCCUCGGGCCUGUGCCUCCCACCAAGGCGGCCUCCAAGCGCGCCUUCCCCGACUCCUCCCCGCGACACGGCGCCGCCUCCGCGUCCGCCGCCGGCGCCGCAGCAAAGGGCCAGGACAAGGCGACGGCCCCCGCGGCCCCGCCGGCUGCAAAGGCGCAGGUGGUGGGAUGGCCUCCCGUGCGGAACUACCGGAAGAACACGCUGGCGGCGAGCGUCUCCAAGGGCAAGGGGGAAGAUAAGGGCACGGCUGAAGGGGGCCCUCUCUAUGUCAAGGUGAGCAUGGAUGGCGCCCCGUACCUCAGGAAGGUCGACCUCAAGAUGUAUUCCAGCUAUGAGGACCUAUCCAUGGCUCUCGAGAAGAUGUUCAGCUGCUUCAUCACUGGUCAAAGCGGUUUGCGGAAAUCAUCAAACAAAGAUAGGCUUACUAAUGGUUCAAAGGCCGAUGCCCUCCAAGACCAAGAGUAUGUCCUUACAUAUGAAGAUAAGGAUGCCGACUGGAUGCUUGUCGGUGAUCUUCCUUGGGAUUUGUUUACUACCAUCUGCCGUAAAUUGAAAAUCAUGAGAGGAUCUGACGCUGCUGGAAUAGCUCCAAGACCAAUAGAGCAAUCAGGGCAGAACAGAUAAGAUUGACCUUCGGCCGGACACGAAAGUCAACUGAUCUAGCUUCUUUGGAAUUGUUCAUGGCAAGUAUCUCAAAUAUCUCAGUGUCCUUGUAGUUUAAUGUGUUCAUCAGACCUGCGCAUUGUAUGUCUGUAAUUUGUUCCUUUCAGAUUGUGCAAUUGUGCGUUGCCCCAUCUUUUCUUUGCCUUUAAAGGUCAAGUCAAGCUCUUGUCCGCUUCUUUAUCUAAAAUCCUAGUCAGUUCAAAAUUAUCCAUCAUGCCACAAGAACCGAUGUUGGGUAAUGGCAAGAAGCUGUACUGAUCAUUCAAGCUUGAACC